CCGGCAGCGAUGAGUGGGGAGCCGGGGCAGGCGUCCGUAGCGCCCCCUCCCGGGGAGGUCGAGCCGGGUAGUGGGGUCCGCAUCGUGGUGGAGUAUUGUGAACCCUGUGGCUUCGAGGCGACCUACCUGGAGCUGGCGAGUGCGGUGAAGGAGGAGUAUCCCGGCAUCGAGAUCGAGUCGCGCCUGGGGGGCACAGGAGCCUUUGAGAUUGAGAUCAAUGGCCAGCUGGUCUUCUCCAAGCUGGAGAACGGGGGCUUUCCUUACGAGAAAGAUGUGAGUGUUUGCAGUGUUGGGAGGACCCCUGGGUCACCCUACCCGAACAUACAUCAUCCCAUCAUUCCACCUCUCUGCCCUCUAGCUCAUCGAAGCCAUCCGAAGAGCCAGUAACGGGGAACCCCUAGAAAAGAUCACCAACAGCCGUCCCCCCUGCAUCAUCCUGUGACUUCACGUGACUCUGGGUUCCUGCUCUGUUCUGAGGUCCAAGCGUUGGUCUCCCGUUUGGCCCUGCUGGGAGCUUCCCCUGCCUCUUUCCUCUUAGCUCCUGGCAGCUAAGAGACCCUGGCGUCCACUUUGCCCCUUUGGGUACGAGGAGGGAAUAAAAGCUUCUGUCGUUCGGGGUAGGAGAGAGACGCUCUCCAUGGACAUUUCCACAACCACUUUAUACCCCCCUUCCCAGGAUCAGUGCCCACAAAAGUCCAGUCCUCUCCCCAGCUUGGCAGUACCUGUCAGAUGCCACAGUAGAUCUAAUUUAUUCUCCCUUAGUCCUGGGCAAUGUCAGCUAUUGGCAAUAAAGUGGUACUACAAACACU